GCCUUCCUUGCGUGAGCGGCCAUGUUUCCCCAGUCACUACGGAUGCCGACAAAUGACAAACCUCCGCUGCCAAAUGGCGAAAAUGAAUUUCCUCGUGUUACCAUUAAGUGUGCAUUACAUACGUGAGGAAAAGCCGAACACCGGACUUGUGGCACAGCAGAGGAUCCAUUCAUGAUUAAAUCUGCUUUUGGCGCCGUCUUCGCGUUUGAAGGUAUGGACGCACAUGGUGGCGGCCCGCCGAGUGAGCGCACAUCCGCAACCGGAAGCCCCCCGAGAUCGUCCUCAUGACCUCCUCCAAGUGCUCCCUGCCCUCGGCAGACCCUCCCUCGGCUCCGUCUCUGAAAUUUGGAGCUAACAUGGGCGAGAGACGGGCGCGCUCCUUCCACAUGACGUGCCACCUGCAGCGGGACUACGGCACCAGGCUGGGGGGCUCCUUCGCCCGCUACAGCCCCAACGGCUACGCCGGCACCAGCCUCAGUCUGGACCAGGAGACGGAUGCUGAGGAUUCGCCACCCGUGGCCGGCGGGGGCCUCGUUCCCGAAAUGGGCCGCUACUCUCCUAUUUCACUGGAACUGGACCCCGCGGCGGUGAAUAAUGAAUCAGGCGUCCCCCGCUGUCCAGCGGCCAAGGACCGGGCGGCCCUGCAGAUCGGCCACGGCCAGCUCCCCGCCGCCUCGGCACCUCUGCCGCGUUCCAGCUGGCUGCAUCGCCACCAGAAGGCGUUCCAGCGGCCGUACGUCAAGACCAGCAUGCAGGGCGAUGUUUACAACUUCCUGGAGAGACCCGCCGGACUGAAAUGUUUCCUCUACCACUUCCUCGUCUUCCUCAUGGUCCUGGUGUGUCUCAUCUUCAGUGUCCUGUCCACUAUCGAGCAAUAUGCCGACUUUGCCUCCGGAACUCUUUACUGGAUGGAAAUUGUGCUGGUGCUGUUCUUCGGCAGCGAGUACGUGGUGCGGCUGUGGUCGGCCGGCUGCCGCAGCAAAUACGCCGGCCUCAGAGGACGCCUCUGCUUCAUCAGGAAGCCCAUCUCGAUCAUAGACUUGAUUGUGGUCAUCGCCUCCAUCAUUGUGCUCGCCGUGGGUUCCAAUGGCCAAGUUUUCGCCACAUCUGCCAUCAGAGGCAUCCGUUUCCUGCAAAUCCUGCGCAUGCUACAUGUGGAUCGACAGGGAGGAACGUGGAGGCUCCUGGGAUCGGUGGUCUUCAUCCAUCGGCAGGAGCUGAUAACCACACUCUACAUCGGCUUCCUGGGCCUGAUCUUCUCAUCCUACUUUGUCUACUUGGCGGAGAAGGAUGCUGUGGAUGAGGAGGGCAAGACGGGCUUCUCCAGCUAUGCUGAUGCCCUGUGGUGGGGCGUGGUGACCGUGACCACCAUCGGCUACGGCGACAAGAUUCCCCAAACGUGGAUCGGCAAGGCCAUCGCGUCCUGCUUCAGCGUCUUCGCCAUCUCCUUCUUUGCUCUGCCGGCUGGUAUCCUGGGAUCCGGUUUCGCCCUGAAGGUCCAGCAGAAGCAGAGACAAAAGCACUUCAACCGACAAAUUCCCGCCGCGGCCUCGCUCAUCCAGACGCUUUGGCGCUGCUACGCGGCCGAGAAACCCAACGGCUGCGCGGCCACGUGGAAAAUGUACGUGCUGACCCCGGAGGGCAUCAGAGCGGCCGAGUUGGACAACUUCAGCCCCACCGUCAGGAAGCUCAACAUAUCGAAAAAAGGCCCCAAGAAGAGGCUGAAGUCGUUGCGAGGCAACGGCUCCUUCGGUGUGUCGUCGGAGCGGGCCGUGUCCAUCCCCCAAAUCACCUACGAUCACAUUGACGACUCGGCGGAGAAAAAGGACGUCUCCUUCUUUGCGGAGGAGCCCACCAGCACUGUGGAAGGACACACUCGGACGUUCAAACAAACAGUGAAGUUGAGCCACGACAACAGCAUGUCCAUGGACAUCACCCGCACUAGCAGCCUGACUGACGAACUGGACUGCAUGUGCGAGGAUAUUCCCCUCUCUGCCAUGUCGGACAACGCUCAUCUUUUGACCUGCCCGUUCGUGGCAUCGGUCCAGGACUCUUUCUCCACUCACCACUUGAAUUCCACAAGGUUGUCUCACGCCCAGAGGUCCGCUGUGAAAGUCCUGCGUCGCAUGCAGUACUUUGUGGCCCGCAAGAAGUUUCAGCAAGCGCGCAAGCCGUACGACGUGCGCGAUGUGAUCGAGCAGUACUCGCAAGGUCAUCUCAACAUGAUGGUGCGCAUCAAGGAGCUGCAGAGAAGGUUGGACGGCACACUGGGGAAGCCGGGAAUGUUCCUCCCAGGUAAAGGAGAAGAUAAAGAAUUCCCGACAAUCGGCGCGCGACUGAUCCGGCUGGAAGAUAAGGUCUACCAGAUGGACCAGAAAAUGGACUCGGUUCUACGGAUGCUCACGGAGCAGUUCCUGCCCAAGCCGGAGAUCAUUUCCAGGCCCUCCAUCCGUCGGGUGACCAUCCAGAAGCGCAUGGGGGUCAGCAUCGACGAAGGCCUCUAAAGGUUCCGCCCCCAACCUCCUCAUUCUGAAGAGAAAAAACAAGAGCAGGAAUCACAAUGGUCGCUCGUCUAGCCCCUUUUUUGGGUCUUAUCUUCGGGGUCGAGAUCCUGUUACAUUCCCUGGCACCUCCCAAAGCCGUGACUCCCUUUGCCAUUUAUUUUCCUAAAGGGAAUUUAUGUGUGCCAGCUCCUCUCUCCCUAAUAUUAUUCCUACGCUAGCUAGCGAGCGAGCAAGCAAGCAAUCAAAGCACUGACAUUCCCCAAAUGUGGAGUCCAUGCUGCGACGCAGGCAUUCCACAAAUCAUUCCAUUUAUCUUGGCAUCGUCCACACACACACACACACACACACACACACACACGUGUGUACGCACGGCCAUCUAGAUUUAGACUUUGUUUGUUAGAGGUGAUCGAAUAACACGAGCAGGGGAGGACUUCAUUCAGCCCAGCGCUAUCGUGUCCUGUUUGGAAAUAUGACUUGCACUGAAGCUAAUAAAACAAAAAGAUGGCUGCAGCAGGGACGGACCUCUCUUGGCAGAGUUGUGUUUACGCUGGAAUUGUCCAAAUGUCCAUCAAUCAUCUUUAAGCAGCACCGGCGGGAAUCUUCUUUAUAUCCUCCCAGGACCUACUUUAAGGGGCUUUUUGAAGUUUCAAAUAACUCCGGUCCAAACUGUGGUCCGAAAAUGAGCCAAGAAUUCGGUACGUAACCAGAAACGAGCGGGGGAGACUGCUCAUCGUUUGUCCUUUCACGUAAUGAAUGUUAUUCAUGAUAACCGAGCGAAAUAGAAAAUAAACAAUGGUUGAAAAUAAUAUAGGCAACCAGCAGGGGGCAGAAGAGGAACUUUCGGUCAAGCCCAGUUCAGCUGGCCUUGCGUGAAUACGCCCUGGGGGGGCAUCAGCUGAUCUCAGUUUUUGUUUUCUUAAGCGUUUUGUUUGUGUAUAAAGCAAGAGUACUCAUAAAAAGGAAGCUUCACAACUUUGUUUUACUCGCUUUACUGUUCACAACUGUGGUAGAACUUCAAUUUAAUGCUGCUAGUGAGUUCAUUACCUGUACAGUAUUUAAAGAGUUUGAAAAUCCUCCUGGAACGAUUUGUGAGUCCUGGUCUUUUGAAAAAAUGUGUAUUGAUCGCUUAUCUUCUCUUCUGUACAGUUUUGUAAGCGAUGUAAAUAGAGACGUUGCCUUAUUGCACUGUAAUUAUGAUCCCGUGGAAACGUCGGCACUGGAAAUGAUUGUAAAUGAUACGCCUUCGCGAGAGCUUUGUUGUCAAUCAUUAAAGAGGAGGUGAAACAU